AUGGUAGUAGAUGUAUUCCAAAAUCCACUAGGAGGAUUUGAAAGUGAUGAUUAUGAUGAAUAUGAAGAAAAUGUCAAUAAUUACAUCAAGAGAUAAGAGGCCUUGAAUGAUUUGGAAGUAAAAGCAAAAUCAGAUAGAAUAUUGCUUAAUUAAUAACUCUGCUACAGAUUGACAGAAAUUUUAAAAUAAAUGGAUCUUGAGGAGUAUGAGAAACUAGCAUUUGAUAAUUGCCAGCGAUUAACAAUUGCUAGUGCUAACUUUGUUUAUUAGGGACUUGCUAAAUACAUCGAAGAAAAGGAUGAAAGAUUGUAUUUCCAAAUAGUUAAGGCAAGUCUCAAAGAUAAAGAACUUAUUACUUAUGCUCUAUAAAGUACUAAAGGUAUAGGAUCCCUGUAUAUUGAAGCUACGGAAUUUGUUUAUGUUAGCUUUUGGGUGUCUGUAUAUAAGAUAGACAAUCCCCAUCUUCAAAUUGAGACACUUAAAGAGCAGGAAUAUUCAAGAGCAAUAGGUGAACAUUGGGUCUAUGAGGAAAGAAAACACAGAAACUAUUUCUUCUAUCUAAAUUAUUGA